GCCUACAUGAUUGUGACUGAUAGGUCCUUGACUAUCUAGAUACUAUAUAACAGACGAGGGUCGGAGUAACACGCUUUGUUACCCCACUCCGAGACAUUCCAUUAUGACACCUACGUCGCAGCUUUGUCAGUCAGAUCUAUUCAAAAAACGCUCUGAGCUCCUCAGUUGCAAUGUUCGAGUGGUCCUCUCAUAUGAGAGAGCCAAGGCCAUUGGCUUAGCACUCGGCAUCACUCUUAAUGACACAUUGAAUUUGAUGCAAAAAAUUUGGGACAUCCACACCGACCCAAUCAUAGUCCGAGAUGAGGCCGCGACUAUGCUGGUGACAAUCCAGUACAAUCUGGUCGCAGGAACACUUGCAAAAUAUGCUGUGACUACUAGACCUGAUCUGGUCUCCCUCGUCGAGGACAUUCUUUGGUGGGAUGUCAUUGGUCAAUUCUGCCUUACUGAGCUGGGGAGAGGUCUAGACAUUUUCCGAAUGAAGACAUCAGCGACACUUCUUCCAACAGGCGAAUUUGACCUCCAUACACCGUCGCCCUCGGAUGCCAAGUUCAUGCCACCAACCAUUCCAGUGAAAGGUCUUCCAUGCGUCGCCGUUGUUUUUGCGCAACUGUUGCUACCACCUAGAGGAGGCUCGUCCCCCGUCAAUCAUGCACUCACAAGCUUUAAUCACGUCCAUUUACCGCCUUCAGCCCUUCUCGGAGACGUCACCAAGUCCGACACAAUGCAUCAUGACUUCAUGUCGUCUAUAUGGCACGUUGCGGUCGGGUCGCUAGUGCUUGGCUCAGUUGCAAUACCUUACCUCCAGGUGGCAUUGUUCAUCACCGUGCAUUAUUUUCAGCGUCGUCAUGUCACCAGUUUGCAAGGAAAUCCUUUGCCCAUAAUUUCAUACCGAACACAACAGCUUCCUUUAUUACACGCCAUUGCUCAGGCAUUCGUUCUGAGAGCGCUUCACAAAUGGGCUGUCGAACAGUUUAUGGACAAGAAUCUUGAUGUGCGUGUGCGACAUGGUGUAGAGACUUUGUCACUCCGUGCGCUACCCACAGCUAUCCCUAUACAAGGCGCAGCUUUCCCUGCGCUUCACAAUGUAUACGCUCGCGCGCGUUCCCGCGCUUGA